AUGCCAAGAGUGGGUACGAGAUUACGCCUGACAGGCUCUCCGAUCAGACUGGGGAUCUCACCCGGAAAACGACGGAUGACUCCUUCGAAGUUUCCUGUCGUCGGUGCUCCAACCUCGCGGACGAGUGGUGGUCGGCUCGGGUCUUGCCGGCAGGACAAAGCUCCGAGCAAGGCGACGGUAGAUCUUCACAGGUCUGAGAAUCAGAACUUACUUUCGCAGGCGCGGAGCUUGCAUGCGGAGUCUGCACGCUGGAUCGAAGAGAGCGGAGAGGGACACAACCUAAGGGUCACAGGAUUGUUGACCACGGUUCAAGAACAGUUGUUGGCCUUCAUCAACAUAGAACAGGCAAAAGAGCCUGCCAUAUCUGCAGGAGCGAGUGCAGAGAUCAGCCAGGCGGAGACUGCUCACAAGGGUCUGGAGCGACUGAAGGAUCUGAUGCGCUCAGUACGUGAAUCACUCUCCUCUUGGAGUGGUCAGUCGUUAGAAUCUCAAAGGACGGCUUUAGCAAUGAUGAGUAGCGCAGUGAUGAUACCACACCCAUGA